AGGAGGCAGGGAACUGGAAAGAGGGGAGGAUAGAGCGGAGGGAGCCACAGAAAAGAGGGAGUGGUGCUGGAAGGCAGGAGCAGCUCAUGUGCGUCUUUGAGAAUGAGCUCAGAAAUCCAAGGGAAUCAUCACGCCAGGGAGAAUCGACUCUCAGAGAAAACCUGCGAGAGGAAAUCCCCUCUAAGAUCCAUUGCUGUGAAAGGAGGCAACGAGUGAGUCCCAGAAAUAAAAGGACUACAAAUCUGGGCUGUGGUUGGCCAGGCUGGUUACCACUGUGGCAACAUGGGUGCAGUGGUGGGAACUUUGACCAUGCAAACCAAGCAGAGAAGACCGCCAAGAGAUAAAACCGAUGAUGAGCUGGAGAUGACGACGGUGUGUCACAGGCCAGAGGCUCUCGAACAACUGGAAUCCCAAACUAACUUCUGCAAGCAGGAGCUCCAGAUCCUCUAUCGUGGUUUCAAGAAUGAAUGUCCAAGCGGAAUCGUAAACGAGGAGACAUUUAAACACAUAUACGCCCAGUUUUUUCCCCACGGAGACGCAAGCAUGUACGCGCAUUAUCUUUUUAAUGCUUUUGACACGACUAACAACGGCUCCAUAAAGUUUAAGGACUUUGUGAUGGGCUUGUCUAUCCUGCUGAGGGGAACCUUGAGGGAAAAACUUGAAUGGACGUUUCACCUUUAUGACAUUAACAGAGAUGGCUACAUAAAUAGGGAGGAAAUGACAGAGAUUGUGAAGGCCAUUUACGACAUGAUGGGAAAGUACACUCACCCUGCGAUGAAGGGAGAUGUGCCACAGCAGCAUGUGGAUGCUUUUUUUCAAAAAAUGGACAAAAAUAAAGAUGGAGUGGUGACUUUAGAGGAAUUUGUAAUAGCCUGCCAGGAGGAUGAAAUCAUGAUGAAAUCAAUGCAGCUUUUUGAGAAUGUGAUGUAGGGCAGGACGGGAUGAUUUUGCCAUACUCAAAAUCAGAGGGCUAUUCGUCAGUUAAUAUGUGUUGAUGCAUUAGAGCAGUGGCUCCAGUCUGUUCUCUGGCCAUCGUAUCAAGCUGUGAACUGAGUGCAGACAUGUUCCCCGCAAAGACUUGGAUGUUAGUAAUGGACUGGAAUUCUUGUUGCAGCGUUUUGGGUGUCCCGAAGUAACCCCUGAGAAAGGCAUGGAAGUACAACGGUCUUGCGUUUUUCAGUUGGGCCAGUCAAAGAAAAUGACAUGAGUAAUUGCUUAGGCUUAUUUAUUACUGUUGGCUAAAGAUGCUCUCAAAAUGUAUGUAUGAUUCUCCAAAAGAUCUGGGUUUAUCUGCAAAUAUUUGUCCGAUUGUUUGUUAAAUGUUUCAUUCUUUGCUUAUCUCUGGCUGUAAUGUGCUUGGCGAAUCUGUUGUACGCUUUGUGUGUGUCAAUGUAAAGCUUGCAGUGUAAAGCGAAACUGUCUUGGGAAGAGUAUUUGGGCCUAAGGGUCGCGUUCGUUGUUCUUUUUUUUUUUACAUGCUGGUCUCAAUGUCUAUAUGAGAAUUACAUUCUUGAAAUACUAUAUUUUUUCCAUCGCUGAUUUUAGUGUGUUUCAAAAAUGUAAACAAUGCAAACAUCGAAUAUGGUGAUUUCUCCACUUGCCCGCAAUUUUAGUCUGUUGUGGUGUUAAAAAUGCAACUGUCAUUGGAAAUGCACAGGCCAUAGUGGGUGGAGCACUGAAAUAUUAAUCAUGGUUGUUUUUACAGGCAAUGCAGCUUUUUGCUCCUUCAUGUACAGUAUCAGUGGGAUAUCCUAGCCUCAGGUCUUACUUUGCAAUUGAUUUGUCUGAUUGUCACAAAUAAAUUUCUAAGCCAUACAAAUAAAAAUGCAAAUUCUUAAA